GCCAUGGCGACCGUAGUUUCAUCUCACAUUCAGUUGCCAAUGGCUGACAAGGCGCCACUCUCAACCCCCUCCUCCUCUCAUGCCAACUUACCGCUUGUAUCCUCUCCUGCUGCUACCUCAUCGAUGGUCUCAUCCUCUGUGCGCAGCACUGUAUCGUCACCCUUCACUAACGACCAGGCAACGACUCAAAUUCCUUCCUUCCCUUCAGCGCGCGAGCGACUUCGGGCCGGCCUUCUUCAGAGGAAGGCGAUGUCAGCGUCAGGUUCUCACAUGCAAGCUGGCAGCGAGAGCGCAAGGCUUGGAUCGGGAUCUUUGGUGGAGAAAAGGAAGAGCACCUACCAGGAGAUUAUUGCUCCCUCUGCUAAGAAGCCGCGUGGGCAUGAGAGUUGUAAGGAGGCGGAAACAUGCAGUCCGUUGCCACAAAAUACUUCAGGUCAUGUUGUCGGUGACAUGGAGAGCCCAUGCAGUGUCGCAGAUGCGGUGGGUUAUCAUGGUUUCACCGAGUACGAUCAGGUGAACGCGUCCUCGGAACACGGUGGGGUCGAUAGCGAGACGGACGGUCUUUCCCUCGCUGUCACGCCUGAGGCAGUCUACGACGUGUUGGAAUCAGGAGAAGAGGAUGGAGCUCCUUGGGAUUUCGAGAUCGGGACAGGAGACAUUCAAAACCUGGACGAUGGAAAUUGUGGGUUGCAGGAUUGUGGAGAGUGGGACAUGAACUUGUAUGAGAUGCUUGAUUCGAAUGCAGACUAGGCAACUUCACCCUCGAGCUACUGACGAAGAAGUGCUCCUCUUGCGGAAAGUGAGGCUGGAAAUUCCAGUCCGUCGCAUCGAGGCAUUUGCGAACUGGUUACUGUUGUGUUGUACGUGUGAAGCGGAUCUUUCUCUGUCGAAUUCAAGGUAUAAAUAAAAUUCAAAAAAGAUG